AUGGCCGCCGAACUGUUUCAAACAUGGCGGAACAACGGGCAGCGGACCCGCACAGUGGAGCAUAUUAUCAGAAAGAAAGAAGAAAAUACAGCGCGGAGGAGGAGGCCAAGCUGGAAAGGCAACAUUUCUGGAGAAUAAUAGAUGCUUUUAGGUCUUACAGGUUCCAUGUCAAUGAGCAGGUCAAGCGGGCUGAGCGUCAGUUUCGGAGUCUGACACAAAGGCACCAAAGGGUGCUGCCAGGUGUUUUAUCCAACCUGGCCCGGGUUAGGCAGUGCGCCGAACACAACCAAGAGAUUCUGGACGCCGUCGUUCACAAUAGCCUUCACAUGUUUGAGAACGUGGAGUAUGGAGAGAGGGAGGAUCCUAGGAAGGCACGGCCAUCCACUACAUUUGACAUGGACAAACUGAAGUCCACCAUAAAGCAGUUUGUCAGAGACUGGAGCGAAGCAGGCCAGGCUGAGAGGGAUUCUUGCUACAAACCAAUCAUUCAAGAGAUCCAGAGGCUCUUCCCGAGUGACCAAUAUGAUGUGUCUAAGGUGAGCGUGCUGAUUCCCGGUGCUGGGCUUGGUCGACUUGCCUGGGAGAUUGCUCGGCUGGGAUACUCAUGCCAGGGCAACGAAUGGAGCUUCUUCAUGCUUUUCUCCUCAAACUUUGUUCUCAACAGAUGUGAGGAGGAGAAUGCUCUGACCCUGUAUCCCUGGAUCCACCAGUUCAGCAACAACAAGAAGUCUUCCGACCAAACACGGCCAAUCAGAUUCCCCGACGUUAACCCCCAGAGUUUGCCACUAAACACCGACUUCUCCAUGGUAGCGGGGGACUUUGUGGAGGUUUACAGUGAAUUGGAGUGCUGGAACUGUGUGGCUACCUGCUUCUUUAUUGACACCGCUAAUAAUGUCUUGGAAUAUGUGGACACUAUCUGGAAGAUUCUUAAGCCCGGAGGCGUAUGGAUCAAUCUCGGUCCGCUGCUUUAUCACUUUGAAAAUAUAGCCAACGAGCUCUCUAUUGAACUUAGCUAUGAAGACAUCAGGACAGCAAUGUUAAAAUAUGGCUUCAUCUUUGAGGUGGAGAAGGAGUCAAUGCAGACCACCUACACUGAGAACGAGUGCUCUAUGCUGAGAUACGUUUACGACUGUGUCUUCUUCGUUGCUCGAAAACCUACACUGCAUUUUAACGGUCAAGAAGAUUUACAACAAAAUUCUCCACCAGCUGCUAAGUCGUCCAGGCGAGAGGGCAGCAACAGGCUAACGUGACAAAACAUUUCUGCAGAAGCUCAACCACCAAGACACAAGCAAUGUGGACAUGUUCUCAUUUUCUCCCUAAAUACGCCUUUUUAAAUUGCCUCUCUUCAAAGGUGCUUUCAACAUUGAGGUUUUUUGGUGAACUCAUGCAUCUGAAUACAGCUGAACAUUUGGAUUGUGCUAAGCAGGCAUGGGCCAUGAGACCUUAAUAGAAUGAUAGAUUGAGUGAAAGAAACCUUGUUUUUACAAUAAUAGUAAUGACCCAAAACCUCAAAACAAAAACGCAGCUCACUAUCUAAUUUAUUUUAAACAGCUAAAUGUGUGUCUUGUAAUAGCUGGAGAAGUCUAGUGGCCUCUUUUCAGCCAGCUGACCUGCAGUGGGAGAGCGAGAGAGCUAAACGGUAAAAUGACUGACAAUUUUAACAGUUUUUGAAACCAGCUUUUUAAAACCUUGAUACAGGUAACUGCGCCGUGGUAUCAAACUUUGUGGGACUGCAAUAUCAGCUUUAACAAAAAUGGGUCAUCACAGCAUUUUUUGAUCAUGAAGUUAUAAGUAAUUGAGUUAUCAGACGCAAAUAGUAUGUUUGUUUUUAUUGGUUUGUUGUGAACUCCGAACCAGAAGGCGUUCACGUUGUUUGGCCAUUAGGUCUCACUCUUAACUUAUUUUACUUCACUGCCUUCCCUUGCCACAGUUUGUACGUAUUCACGUGUGCCUCUGCAAUUGAAUUACACAUUUUGUAAUUUAUUUAUUUUUUACUUGAAUCAACUGCAUUUACAUCGGUCACCGUUCAGUGUUUAAGCUGUGUAGUUAUCAUUUUCUUUGAAAUAAAGCCAAACAUUUAGAGAAAAAAGG